CGUGAAUAGUGGAUGCAUAGGAACAUGUUUCAAAAUAUUUCCUUGGAAAUGUUAUCAUUUCUGUCAUUUUGCGUUUAAAACAACGAUCUUUGUAUCGAUUUAACUACUGUCAGAGGAGAUUGCCCUAUAUUUUUACCAUUGGUUUACUCAAUUGUACGGAUUUUGUGGAAAUUAAAUUUGAAAUUUAUACGACUUCCUGGGACACAGAUUUAGUUGUGUCACGUUGUGUUCCUGUAUUACAAAAUAAUAUAUAAAGUGAAAACAAAGAAAACGCGAGAAACGUGAAUUUUAGCUGCAUGACAUUCAACGAUCAAAUAUAUAUAAAGAAUGGUUGACAAAGAAGUCAAAACAAAUGUAAAUCCACUUGAGCAGUUUAUAUUGUUGGCAAAAGGAGCAAGAGGAGCUGCUAUUAUUUCAUUGGUCAAUCAAGUUUUAGAAACUCCCGGUAUAUAUGUCUUUGGUGAACUGCUUCAACUACCAAACAUACAAGAGUUAGAAAAAAAUGAUGGAGCUCCCUACUGGAGAUUAUUAAAUAUUUUUUCUUAUGGUAGAUACAGUGAUUAUAAAGCAAACAAAAACUCUCUCCCUGAGCUUUCAUCUGCUCAAACUGUUAAACUUCGACAUUUAACAAUCAUCAGUCUUGCAUCAGAAUCAAAGUACAUACCAUAUAAUGCCCUACUUCAAGAAUUAGAAAUAUCAAAUGUUAGAGAAUUAGAGGACUUAAUAAUUGAAGCCAUUUAUGCAGACGUAAUUCAUGGAAAAUUGGACCAGCAAAACAGUCAACUUGAAGUUGAGUAUGUUAUUGGCAGAGAUAUCAAACAAGAAAAUGUGAAUUCUAUAGUUAAUGUUUUGGAAGAAUGGUGUAGUAGUUGUGAGACAGUUCUUCAUGGAAUAGAAAAACAAAUUCAAAGAUCAAAUAAUUAUCGAGAUAUAAAAGCAUCACAACAAGCAAAGUUUGAAUGUGAAUUGGAAAAUUUAAAAGCUGCAAUCAAAGCUACAGGAUCACAAGAUUUGGAUGAUAAUACAAGAUAUGAUGGUGGACAGGGCAAUCCAUUUAUUAAUCUUUCAUCCCAAAAAAAUCAGAGAAGCCAACCAUCAAGUAGAGGCAUAAAAGGAGCGGCCAAAUUUUUCACAAGUAGAAGAUAACAGUCAAAUGAUCUGAAGAAAAGACAUAGUUCGAGACGUGAUGAAGCCUCAGUAAAUAUGAGCAUGAACAUCAUCAUUUACACGCAAAGUACGUGCCUCUUAAGAAAGACAUUCAAAGAAUAAGAUUAAUAAACUAUACUGAAUAAAGAACCACAACAAUUUGAAAUAAAAGAUAUUUGCGUUAUGUUCAUAUUUAUCUUCCUCGAUCUAGUAAAUAUUAAUAAAAAA